GGGUAAAUAAUACCUAUAUAACUGUCCCGCUAUCCCGAAUUCUUAUAUCAACUUAUUCUCAUUCCAUCCCAUAUCAUCUCAUACAAAUAUCUUUUUAUUUUUUUUACACUGAAGUGAGUAGAAACCAAUUAUAUCUUUGAAUACAUCUGAUUCAUAUUCUAGCGAGAAAAAGGAUAGAGAAAGAGAAACAGAAAGAGGGACAGAAAAAGAUAACAAAAUGUCACACACAAAUCGAUCGGAAAAUGGGCCAGUUACGGAAGUCGCGAGGUUGACGUUGAAAGAUGGAAUUAAAGUUGCGGAUUUGGAGGGAGAUGGGGAGUAUGCGAAGAUUUGUAAGUGUCAAUUUCCUUGAUCUGUGGUUUGUGGUGAGAUGGAGUAUAAGACAGAUUGGCUAGGUGUGAUAUUGUGAUGAUGGGUAGCUUGCUUGGUUUGGUGGUUCUGGUUGUUUGGUCUAAUGAGUAUAUACUCGAAAUUUAGGGCGUGGAACUUUAGAUACAAUUGCUUCUCAAAAAGGAUAUAAUGGUUCUUAUUAUGGGGCUGUGAUUGAGGAGACGGAGAAAGAGGUGUUGGCCUGGUAUAUUGGUAUGUUGCUCUGUUCACUAUGCUUCUCUCCCAUUUGCUAUUCUCUUCUCAGUCUUCCCAUUGAUUAUUCCCUGACUAUUUUCGAAUAUCUACUUCUCCAAUUUCUGAUAUUUAUAUGUGUCUCUAUCAAAUAUAUAUCAUAAUACUAAUUGACAAUAAAAAGACUGGACCUCGCUCGCUCACCACAAAUCCUUCAUGGAAUCUCCUGCCUAUCCCUCUCUUCUCGAAAACAUCAGCUCAAUUAUUCAAGGCGCAGAUAUUAAGCAUGUAGAAAAACUGAACGUCAAAGAGAUUGCUGGGAAAGGUGUCAUGGAAGUAGCUGUAUUCUUUGAGUGAGUCCCCUCGCCAAUUUUCCAGAUUCAUACUCGCCGUUGGCUUGAUAUAUCGCCUAUUUCAUUUGUCGUAUACUUCGAAAUCCCUUUCUCUUACUGCACGACGAAUCUGCAUUACUGACUAUUCGCUUUUUAGUGUGGAGGAUGUUUUUAUCGAGGUAAAUGAUUGAUGCUUUUUUUUAAUAAAAAAAUCAAUUUCAUGGAGAGGUUCGAGUAGAAUUGGCAUCUGGGAUUCGAAAAUCCAAAUUUCACUUCUCACUCCUAGCCUCUCAUUCUAACUUUCCGUCCCCAUUUCUAUCACGCCCCUCGUCCUGAACAUUCAACCCACCACCCACCAUACCCCAAAAAUCAACUAAUCAGCUAACCAACAAUUUUCAACAGGGAAUAAAUAACUUCAUAGGCACCCUCAAAAAGGUCCAGGCACAAAAGAAAAUCGCAGGAUUCCUUGGAUUACUUGAAUAUGGAGAGGUGAUUGAGAAGAUUGCUAAGAAUAGUGAUGCCAAAGAGGAAGAAAAGGGAAGAGCGGUGGUUUUUGUAGUUGGAUGGGAGAAUGUGGCUGCCCACACGGUUCGUUUUACCCCUUUUCUUCUCCCCCAUUGUCGGUUUUGCUUUUAAGUCAGGCCACGGGAGAUACGGACCAGAUGGGGGAUGAGAGAAUGGGUAGAUGAGAGAAAAGAUAAAUUGCUAAUAAAACAACAGGCCUUUCAAGGUACACAAGAAUUCAAAGAUACUAUUGGUUAUCUGACCAAAGGCAUUAGUGGGUUUGACGUGGUACGUUUAGUUUCUUUCCUUCUUCGAUUUUUCUAGUGAUGAUAUCAUGAUGUUAUAUCAUAUCAUUUGAAGUUUAUGCAGUAUCAGAAUAAAUAGCUAAUCUACUCAUGAUGGGAAUAGUCCCAUGUAGCACUUAAGAGUGCUUGAUUUGGUGCUGGUGUAAGUGAAGUGGUACGAAGUGAAGUGGUACGAAGUGAAGUAAGUGGUGUAGUAGAUUGAUAGUGAUUUAUAAUUGAGUGAGUGAAUAGAUAUAGAUAUAUUAGUAUUUAUAUAUUUAAAUAAACCGUCUAUAAUACUUGAU